CGCUCCGGGCACGCGGACGGUGCGCGAGUACGCGGACGCGGAAGGCAGGCCGGCAGGACUCUUCGCCGCGGGGGCGAGCGCGCAGGCGCCUUCCUGAAACCUGCUGCGGCGCGAUUCCCUACGUUCGGAGAGCGGUGGGGUUACUUCUUCCUCGAGAUAAAAAUCAAUAUUUAACUGGAAACGAAGCAUCAAUUAAAAUCCUCUCAAACUCCUAAUUCCAAAUAAUUGAUAAUAUUUCUCUGAUCAAGAAAAGAAGUGAUUGACUGCAUGUUAAAAGUAUUCCUGUAUUAGUAUUUUUUUCCUCUUCCUGAAUUCGAAGAAAAAAUAUGGAGAAAUGGUACUUGCUGACAGCUGCAGUCUUACUAGGACUGACAGUACGGUGGACAGUUUCUCUUAAUUCUUACUCAGAUCGUAAUUAGGAAACCCUGGAGUGCGGAAGCUCAGGUGCUGGAAAGCCCCCUAUGUUUGGUGAUUAUGAAGCUCAGAGACACUGGCAAGAGAUUACUUUUAAUUUACCCAUCAAACAAUGGUAUUUUAACAGCAGUGAUAACAAUUUACAAUAUUGGGGACUGGACUAUCCACCUCUUACAGCUUAUCAUAGUUUUUUAUGUGCAUAUGUGGCAAAGUUUAUAAAUCCAGACUGGAUUGCUCUCCAUACAUCACGUGGAUAUGAGAGUCAGGCACAUAAGCUCUUCAUGCGUGCAACAGUGUUAAUUGCUGAUUUGUUGAUAUACAUACCUGCAGUGGUUCUGUACUGUUGUUGUUUAAAAGAAAUCUCAACUAAGAAAAAGAUUGCUACUGCAUUAUGCAUAUUGCUAUACCCAGGCCUUAUUCUUAUCGACUAUGGACAUUUUCAAUAUAAUUCUGUGAGUCUCGGCUUUGCUUUGUGGGGUAUUCUUGGAGUAUCUUAUGAUUGGGACCUGCUAGGGUCCCUGGCAUUUUGCUUAGCUGUAAACUAUAAGCAGAUGGAACUUUACCACUCCUUGCCAUUUUUUUGUUUUUUACUUGGCAAGUGUUUUAAAAAAGGCCUCAAAGGAAAGGGGUUGGUGUUGUUAAUUAAGCUGGCUUGUACUGUCGUGGCUUCCUUCGUUCUCUGCUGGCUGCCAUUCUUUACAGAGAGGGAGCAAACCUUGCAAGUUCUAAGAAGACUCUUUCCAGUUGAUCGUGGGUUAUUUGAGGAUAAAGUAGCCAAUAUUUGGUGCAGCCUCAGUGUCUUUUUCAAGAUCAGGGAUAUUUUGCCACAUCACAUCCAGAUAAUGAUCAGCUUUUGUUUUACAUUUUUGAGCCUGCUUCCUGCAUGUAUAAAAUUGACACUUCAUCCCUCUCCUAAAGGAUUCAGAUUUACUCUGGUUAGCUGUGCACUAUCAUUCUUUUUAUUUUCUUUCCAAGUGCAUGAAAAGUCCAUUCUUUUGGUAUCAUUACCAGUCUGCUUAGUUUUAAGCGAAAUUCCUUUUAUGUCUACUUGGUUUUUACUUGUGUCAACAUUUAGUAUGCUACCUCUUCUGUUAAAAGAUGGACUCCUGAUGCCUUCAGCUGUAACAGUGAUGGCAUUUUUUAUAGCUUGUGCAACUUCCUUUUCAAUAUUGGAGAAGACUUCUGAAGAAGAAUUGCAACUGAAAUGUUUUUCCACUUCUGUUAGGAAAUAUUUUACAUGUUUUACAUUUCUUCCCAGAAUUAUACAACACUUGUUUCUUACGUCAGUAAUCACUAUGAUCCUUCUGACAAUGAUGACUGUCACACUGGAUCCUCCUCAGAAACUACCAGACUUAUUUGCUGUAUUGGUGUGUUUUGUAUCCUGCUUACAUUUCCUAUUCUUCUUGGUAUACUUUAAUAUUAUAAUCAUGUGGGAUUCCAAAAAUGGAAGAAGUCAGAAGAAAAUCAACUAGCUAUAUCUCCAAAGAAAUGUGAAAAUGUUAGUGCCACAAGGUUUUGUAAACUUUUUGCUAUGUAUAAAUAAAAGAAGCAUUUUGAGAAUCUUGGAAAUAGGAAAGGAAAUGGUGAAAAGUUAUUGUUGUCUACCCAAAAUAAAUCUAUAUGGCACCAAAGCAAUGAAGGCUUUUAUUUUCUAACUACUGAUCAAGACAUAUUAUAGUUUUAUUAUGUUCAGUUAUUCACGUGGGAAAAUAAGAGAAACGUGUCCUUAAUCAGUGUUUACUUAAGAAAUGUACUCUAUAAUUUGUUGUCUUGAAAAAAAUCUGCAGAUACAGUGAGCUUAAUCGGAGAAUUUAGUCCCUUAUUUUUGAAGGAAAUCACUAAUUUUGGUAUUCAGAUUUAGUUUUUCUUAUAUUUUAGAAUGUUUUAUAAAUUAUAUCUCAGGGAUUAAAUUUGUGAUAAUCUUUUAAAUUACUGUGAGAAGGCAAUUUAAACUGUUUAAAGCUUGAACACGCCUUAUUACCAUGUGUAAACUUGAAUUUUUUUAGAAAGGCAGAAAGACUAAACUGUGUUUUUAUUUAUUUCUAAGAACUAUGAUUUAUUUGAAUGCCAUUAAACAAAGAAUUUUCCUGAA